CUGCCAGAAGGCAGCGAACACUUGGUCCCAGGAACUUCGGAGCACGCUCUGGCCCAGGAAAUACUUCACCAUCGUCCCGGCCGGGGCGGGCUCAGCACCCGCGCAGCAUCAGGGGUGCAGAGCCCGGGGGGCACGCGGAGGCCGGGCCGGGGCUCGGCGCACGCCCGCCAGGAUCACAACUCAGUCACCACUGCGCCGCACCCAAGUCGCUGCUGCUGCCGCCAUGAGGGAUUGUACCGCCGCGCACCACUUCCGGCGCCGCAGCACAGUUUCACCGCUUCCGGCCCGUGCCACGUGACCUGGCGACCCCGCCCCCUUCCGCCCCCUCCCGCGGGAGACGCGGUGCUGCGGGUUGGAAAGGGGUUGUGGGAGACCCCAAGUUAGGCUGUGAAUCUGGGCGGAAUCAGAGACUGGGCAGCAGCGGAGCCCAAGGUGCUCGGGCAGGCGAGGGAGCGAGCGGGAAGGCCAAAGAGUGACGAGCGACUAGCUGCACAGCGGCGCGCGGCGCCUUGGAGGGCGCCGCCCGCGCGCUCCCAGGCCGCCACGGCUCUUGGGUGUCUUGGAGGGACACUCGGCGCCCGGGGCCGAUUUGGCCGGGCCAUUCAGGGGCGCUGUCGAGGUGCGAGACGCUUGGGGUCGGGGACUGAGGCUGGACGGAGCGACCCUUACGUGGGUGAGGCUGCCCGGGGAGCAUGAGCGGGCAGCGCGUGGACGUCAAGGUGGUUAUGUUGGGCAAGGAGUACGUGGGCAAGACAAGCUUGGUGGAACGAUACGUGCACGACCGCUUCCUGGUGGGCCCCUAUCAGAACACUAUCGGGGCUGCUUUCGUGGCCAAAGUGAUGUCGGUUGGAGACCGGACAGUGACUUUGGGUAUUUGGGACACAGCAGGCUCUGAGCGGUAUGAGGCCAUGAGCAGAAUCUACUAUCGCGGUGCUAAAGCUGCCAUCGUUUGCUACGACCUCACUGACAGCAGCAGCUUUGAGAGAGCAAAGUUCUGGGUGAAAGAGUUGCGCAGCCUAGAGGAGGGUUGUCAAAUCUACCUGUGUGGCACCAAGAGUGACCUGCUGGAGGAAGACCGGCGGCGCCGCCGUGUGGACUUCCACGAUGUCCAGGACUAUGCAGACAAUAUCAAAGCUCAGCUCUUUGAAACAUCCAGCAAGACAGGUCAGAGUGUGGACGAGCUCUUCCAGAAAGUGGCAGAGGAUUACGUCAGUGUGGCAGCCUUCCAGGUGAUGACAGAGGACAAGGGCGUGGAUCUGGGCCAGAAGGCAAAUCCCUACUUCUACAGCUGUUGUCAUCAUUGAGUCACCACUCACCUGGCCUGGGGGAAUAAAAGGAACUCCCUAGAGGCACUAGACCCAGCUCUUGUAAGGGCUUGGGUGGUCCAAUGUCUGAGCUACCCCAGGUCCCCAUGGCAGCAGAGGUGGCACCUGCCUGUGCUGGCCCGUGGAAUGGAGGCAACAUUGGGCUUACUGUGGGCAUAAGAGGGCUAAGGGCUGAUCUGGAUCCCAGGCUUCUGCCCUGGACAGCACUUGUGUCUACAGAUUAUUUAAGUGGCUUUUGAUCUGUAAAUAAAAUCAAUGCACUGUGAAUCACA